AUGAGAUGUGCUUGGGUAUUGCUUGCUGUGCUUCUUGCGGCGCUAAUUCUAUUGCACCUCUUCGUCGCGCCGUAUACAAAGGUCGAGGAGUCUUUCCAUGUCCAGGCCAUCCAUGACAUCCUAGCCCACGGCUUUCCGUUCGGCGACAUCGACCGCCACAAUUAUGAUCAUUUCGAAUUUCCAGGUGCCGUGCCUCGGACUGCAGUUGGUGCAGCAGUGCUCGCACAACUGUCGCCGAAACUGACUACGCUGUCGCUAUCGGGUGUGCAUCGUCAGAUCUUAGCUCGCGCUAUGCUGGGCCUGUAUAAUGCAUUUGCGCUGGGCUUCUUUGCCCGCGGCCUCUGGUCGAGCUUCGGCCAGUCAGUUGCUGUUUGGUAUCUCAUUCUCCAAAGCAGCCAGUUCCAUCUGAUAUACUAUGCUUCACGGCCGCUAUCAAACAUGUUCGCUUUUGGAAUGACGACGAUUGCAAUGCGGUACCUUUUGCCCGAUACUAUAACAGUCUCACCUCAGAGAAACGGCACAAGAUCAGGCAAGGUAUCACUGGUGCUCCUCACAGUCGCAGGCGUGGUCUUCCGCGCCGAGCUAGCCCUCCUCGUCGCCUGUAUCGCGUUGUCUCUACUCCUCGUACGCCGCAGCCACUUUAUCGACGUUACAAUUGCCGGCCUAAUCGGCCUCAGCAGUGGCCUGAUCAUCACCACGACCAUCGACUCUAUCUUCUGGAAAGCGUAUGUCUGGCCCGAGCUGAAUGCUUUUCUCUUCAACGUCGUCGAGGGCCAGUCUUCUGCCUGGGGCACCGAACCUUUCUACUUCUACUUCAUCAAUGCGCUACCACGCCUUCUGCUCAACCCACUCACCUACCUCCUCGCCAUUCCCGUCGCGCUCUACCACCCAGCCCUCCGCCGCCCCAUCCUCCCGCUGCUCGCGCCGUGCAUGGCCUUUGUCACCCUGUACAGCGCCCAGCCUCACAAAGAAUGGCGGUUCAUCAUCUAUAUCAUUCCAAUUUUGACAGCCACUGCUGCCCUUGGCGCCAGCUACCUUUGGACUCGUCGGGACCGGUCUAUAUUCACACGGAUCGCAUCCCGCCUCCUCGUCCUCUCCACCCUUGCCUCAUUCUUCCUCUCUAACCUCGUCCUACUCCCAGCAUCAGCUUCCAACUACCCCGGUGCGCAUGCCCUAAAUGCGCUACACGGGCACCACGCGCAAUUGUCGUCCGCUGGGGCGUCCGUCUACCUUGGUAACCUAGCCUGUCAGACCGGCGUGACACGGUUCCUGCAGAACCCCUCCGCACAAGGAUGGCGCUACGACAAGACCGAAGACCAGACGACCAAGGCUAUGGGCCCCUUCUGGGACCAGUUCGACUACGUGGUCGUUGAGGCGUCGGCGGAGCCAGGCUUUCGGGACAGUGACGAGAUGAGCCUGCAGACCGCGCUCCCGGGUUCGCGUUGGGAGACGGCUGAGAUCGUGGAUGGAUUUGCGGGGAUUUCGGUGGUAAGGCCUGGCGAUGUUGCGAGCGGAGGUGCCGAACGGUGGAUCUUGUCGCGAGUGGCUGGCGAGCAUGCGGUGGCGCUGUACGAGCAGCUUCGAGACAUGGCGCGCAAGGCGGUUCUGCGUGGGUGGUGGGUUGAAGUGAAGACGAGGCCGCGGAUCAAGGUGCUCAAGCGUGUCCGGGAGGCGAAAGCUUGA